AUCCCGGUUUGCUGCGGACGGAGUCACCAACCUCUUUUUCAAUGGAUAAGAAGUAUACUCUUUCAGCCGAAAACCAAUGGUGCACGCGGGAAUACUUUCUCCGAUUCGUAGCCCUUUCGCACCUUCUCAGCACUUCCGCCGGCCCUCUCGACGGCAAUGCCUCGUCUCCCCUAAUUUGACAACCAUGGCGUCUUUGGGUGAUGACCCGAUUCGAGAAUGGAUUUUAACGGAAGGGAAGGCCACGGAGAUUACAAGGAUCAGUCCAGUUGGUGGCGGAUGCAUCAAUCAUGCAAGCCGAUAUGAUACUGAUAAUGGUUCCUUCUUUGUCAAAACUAACGGGAAAAUUGGACCUUCAAUGUUUGAAGGAGAGGCUAUUGGUUUGAAUGCAAUGUAUAGCACAAAAUCAAUUCGGGUUCCUCGGGCAUUUAAGUUUGGACCUUUACCAACUGGUGGUUCUUUUAUUAUCAUGGAAUUUGUUGAGUUUGGAUCAUCUAGAGGAAAUCAGUCGGUUCUAGGAAGAAAGCUGGCUGAAAUGCAUAAAGCUGGGAAGUCAGAUAAGUGCUUUGGUUUUGAUGUUGAUAAUACCAUUGGCAGCACUCCCCAGAUAAACACUUGGUCUUCAGAUUGGGUUGAGUUUUUAUCUGAGCAUAGAUUGGGCUAUCAACUGAAGCUAGCUUUGAAACGGUUUGGAGACAUUGAGAUCAAUGAGAAAGGUCAACAAUUAAUCAAGAAAAUGAAGCCGCUUUUUGAAGGCAUUGUUAUUGAACCCUGCUUACUCCAUGGGGACCUUUGGAGUGGGAAUAUAAGCUCUGAUAAGAAUGGAGAGCCUGUCAUUUUAGAUCCAGCAUGUUACUAUGGACACAACGAAGCUGAAUUUGGAAUGUCAUGGUGUGCUGGAUUUGGUGGAUCAUUUUACAGUUCUUACUUUGAGGUGAUGCCAAAACAGGCUGGUUUCGAGAACAGGAGGGACAUUUACAUGCUCUAUCAUUAUCUGAAUCACUACAAUCUUUUUGGCUACGGAUACAGGUCAUCAGCUAUGUCCAUAAUCGACAGCUAUCUAAGGAUUCUGUAAGCCUGAAUUUAUUUUGAGUUUGCUUAUAACCACUUCAUGAAAUUGAGAUUUUAAGUAUGAAUUAGGCUUUUUGUGUAUAAUAUUUUCAUGCUCAUUCUUCUGUUAAUUUAUUUGGCGCAUGGAAAAUUGGUAAAUUUGAAUGAAUGAAGAUUCAGUGUGAUAGAAUGCUCAACAAAUAGGCUUGUAAACUG